UAAAGUCAUUUAGUAUUUUUAGCGAACCCUAGAAAAAUUCGCCCCUCAAAGUUCACUGCUGACAAAAGUUACUUGCAAAUGCAUUCGUAUGGAAUUUGGAAGUUUGAUCAAAAUGGUGUUUGUUUGUCAAAAGGUUACGCCGCUCACCGAACCUUGUUAGUAACACAAUACGAAAACCGCACGAAGCCGAAGUUACAAAUUUGUUAUGUUUCUGCUAUUUUCCUCGAGUUCUAGAAUUCUUGCUUGAAAACGCCUUAAAACUCUUUCUUUUUUCUACUUCAGAAAAUUUCCUAUUUGUUCAAACCUCAUCGCAUUUAUUGAGGGGAUUAAUUUUGUAUCGUGUUAUUAUUGAAAUCAGUUGUAGGUACCUUGGUGUGAAUACAUGCGUACUUUAUAAACAAGCUUACCAAUGCUUAUAAUUACAGUAUUCCUUGCUAAAGCGCUACACCACAGGAAAUCCGCUUUAAGAAACACCACAUAGUGUGUCGAACCAUUCGCCAUUUAUAGUCUUUAUACAAACCCAUUAGAAAGUUAUAAUCUGACUAGAAACCCCGCAGUUACAAGUUAGUGGACAACAACAGAAUCUGCCGGUCCAUGGGGCAGACAAGGAAAUUCGAUUUGAGUAGCAUUUUGUCUUAAGUUAUCCAGUACUUCGACAGCACUCUUUGAAAUAUCAAUUAUCUUCCUCAACAGUUACAAAACAAUUAUCCCCGGCGCCCUGAAAAUCACAUUUCAAAACAGGCGAAGAUUAAAUACUUCCUUCAGAGUUAAUCGUAAUGGCGGAUUAGGCUGAGAGAUUUUUAAAUGGACAAAGACUACCAUUUAGGACCUGUCUCUGUAUCCGGAAAGAAAAGGUGCUUUGUUUUGGAAUAGGUGGAAGGGUAGAUUUUGCUCGAAGUCAAAACAUAGAGCAGGUUUCGAAGCUAGUACACGGCUGAGUAACUGUAAAGUACUGUCUUUAUGGAAUCAUAUUUAUCGAACAACCCUAGACCGCCCCUUUCUCAACUGCAGAACGCCCCGUCCGCGUUCGUGCCACCCACCGGAGCGUAUUUAUAUCGCAGGCAUGUUUCGACAAAACAGCAACAGUAUGUAUGUCCUAUACUUCUGCUAUCAGAUAGCGUUUACAUGACACUUAAUCUAGCGCGCGAGAAUGAACUUUAUACAAGAACUUACGCCGUAUUGUAAAGGAUUUGCAAUUGAAACAAUUAUGGUUUCCGCUUGCAAUCGAGAGGUGUGAAGUGGAAGGAACUCGAGGUUUUUGUCAGUGCAGCUGGGAGCGAAAUGGCUGGCUAAAAUUGUCAACAUUUUGUUGAGCUGAAAAUUUCACAUUGACGUCCGCCUGUAGGCUUUUGUAUUGUUGGUAUGGAUUGGUUCCGAAUAAUGGCUCCAUUUGGAGAAACUUAUUAUAUAUCAACAAAUCCCUAUCAUUCAAUCACAUUGUGUCAUGAACAGGCUUUCUGUUAAGCUGAUUGGUUGUAAACAAGAGCGGCGGCAUCUCAAAAGAAGACGUACUUGGGGUUUUGGCUGAAUUAAAUCAACAGUCCAUUUCGAAGCUCGUGGGGCGUACAAAGUGCUGGUGAAUUCGUCGACCAAAAUAGAUCACAAAACAGCCCCGAAUAGGCCCGAGCAGAGGUUCUAUGAACAGGGGUUUCUUUCGCCAGGAGCCGGGAACAGCGACAGAUUGCAGAUUGACACCUCUUGCGAUGCUCGCAGCGACUUGUAGCAGAAUAGGACAACAAAGCCCGCCACCGGUAUCUGACGUGACUAUGGCAAAAGGGUUCUACCACUGGAAACAGCCAACUUCACUGCCAAUCCAGCGAGGAAGGCCGGCUGAUGCGGGAUUGUAUUCGAACUUGCCUUCAGCAUUCAUCCCAGCUAGCGAGUCUUUAAGUGUACAGAACCACGACAGCUUUCUCCCCAGCCCAAACUAUUCGUCAGGGCAUAAUUCGCUCACAGACCCACUGGCUAUAGCCUCGGCAAGUCGCGUGCACUCUGCCUCUGUCGAAGCGUCCAUGUACCCUCCGCGUAUGCCGCAUCCUUACGAAGGUUCGCCCUGGUUUAAACCUCCUCUAGAGCCUCACACGCAGGCUUCUGCACGGCAGGCGUUCUGGGAAGUACACAGCAAUACCCCGUGGCUAGAUCAAGCAGUUUCGGGCAGUUCAUUUCACCCAACUUUGAGCCAUUUUACAGGACUGCCACACGAAUUUUCCACAGGAAGUUUACCCAUUCCUGCUGCGGUUUCCGUGGCUAGCCAUCCACACUUUCUGCCCCCUCCUUGUCUUGGUUCCGAUCCUAUGAAGACUUCUCUUCCAACUUACAUAGAUGGACCUUCGUAUUUUCCUGGGACACCAGGAUUACUGCCGUCGACGCAGAGUGUAGCCGCAAGAGCGACUCGACGGUACACGGGUCGAGCGACUUGCGACUGUCCGAAUUGUCAAGACAAUGAAAGACUAAGCGCUGCCGGUGCUCCUUUUCGGAAAAAAACUCAACAUAUCUGUCACAUUCCUGGUUGCGGCAAAGUGUACGGGAAAACCUCACAUCUCAAAGCACAUCUCCGCUGGCACACUGGCGAGCGGCCAUUUGUGUGUAACUGGUUAUUUUGCGGAAAGCGGUUCACACGCUCUGACGAACUUCAGAGACAUUUACGAACGCACACGGGCGAGAAACGGUUCGCUUGUCCCAUCUGCAAUAAACGUUUUAUGCGAAGUGAUCACCUUGCCAAGCACGUUAAAACCCACAAUAAUGAUUCGGUGAGGAAAGGAGACUCGGAGAAAGACGAAAAAGAGGAAGGAAAAGCAAUCACAGAUGGCGACAGUGAACGAACUUGUAACUUAUCUGAAAAUGGCGAGAGUGACAAGAUCGUGUAGUCUGACCGAGACAAAACGUAAGACAUUACGAAUUUAAUGACAAAAUGUUUUUCUCUCAAGCCUAUUAUAUUCUUUCCACGAUAUAAAAGCUCUGACAUCGUAAAUUCAGUGCUUAAAUCGUUUCUGAACUCGAAGAUGAGAAACUAAUAGAAACUUUGUAUAUUAUGGGUGACGUCGGCUCGCAAAGCAGAGGUAUAAAAUUUCCUAGUUCAGAGAUUGUUUCAGUGAUGCAUACAGUUACCAAUAUGGCUCUUGCUAGCUAAGAUUGAGAGUUUGAAACCCACAUGAAUAGUGUGCGAUUCUGAUUGAAUGGAAAUCGUUCUUGAAUUGACUACUGAUAUCUACUGUACAGAACAAUACGUGAAAAUUCCUCGUCUGAGAGAGAGAGAAAGAUAUAACAUUGAUAUGCUAUGAAAAUAACAAAUUUUUUGGCCUUGUUCAAUUGUAUUUAAAGGCUGUAAGUUUUAAGUUAUUUAAUUGAACAAGCUGACACAUUUGACUUCAGGUUAUUUACAGUUGAAAUGUACAUAAAAGUGAAGAGCUAAGCUGAAUCUUGCGACUACAUUAAAGAGACCACUGAUUCGAUUGCAAGAGUUGUCUGUCUGUGAAGACGUGA